CCAGGGGAGGCCCUUGAAGGGAUUUUCUAAUAAGAUGUCUACCAUGGAAUCUCAAAAAUUUUAAAUUUCAACUUCUUUAAUAAGAGUUUGCAUCUGCUUCUUCCCGGGACAUAUAUCUGCACUCUUCAAAAUAUCAGACAUUGUCUUCUAAAUUUCAGUAAUGAGUGAAGUAGUUUAUUCUGAUGUGCGACUUCAACAUCCAUCUCAGCCACAGAGAAGGCAAGGACUUCAAAAACCUGAAAAAAAAUUUCUAUCAGAUUUUAGGUGUGAAGAUUUUCCUGCUCAUCCCUCAUGGAAAUUCAUUGCCGUGAUACUGGGGAUCUGUUGCAUGGUGCUUCUUUUGUCUGUUGGACUCUUAACUGCAAGGUUGAACCAGAACUCAUUCAAGGUUGGAAGAUUUACUGGAAAUGAAACAGCUUGGAUAUAUCCUACUUGUCCCUUUGACUGGCAUCAACGUGGAGAAAACUGCUACUUUUUCUCAAGAGAAAAAAAUCAAUGGAUAGAAUGUGAAAGGCUUUGCAGUCGUCUAGAGUCAAGAUUUCUUAAAAUGGAUACUGAAGAUGAAGUGGAUUUUGUAAUAAAUGUGUCAAAGAUGUACCCUGGAGAACAACAAAAGUUUUUCAUUGGUUUAUACUACAACAGGAAACUACAGACAUGGAUUUGGUAUGAUAACACAAAUCUUGACCUAAACAGGACAGGACAAGACCUAUAAGAGCAAUGCUGGCGAACUCUUAGAAAAGUUCUCAGUGUAACUGAAUGGCCUUUAGAAGCUGGCUACUCCAUUUAAAAUAAUAAUUCUAGGGCAGGAAUAUUCAGAGUUAGGCAAACUAUAAAUGAUUUUCAAGCAUUUGCAUAUUUAUGUGUCUUUCUCAGUAGAGAAAACAUUGUGUAUAACAGAAUCUCUGGUGUAUUACAAAGUUCUACAACAGUAAAAUAGUAGAAUCCAGAGUUCUUCACUGGAAUUGCAAGUCCUACACUUUAGGCACAGAAGAGGUUGUAAUGUGUGCUGAGGAAAUGCUAAAAUUAUCUCAAAAUGAACCAACACAAAAAGCAAAACUGGUAAGCAAAGGAAAGGAUCUAACAUUUAUCUUGCUUUUUCUUUAACUAUUAUACUUCAGAGUGACAAC